AUGCCUCACAGGUGGAUGGUCUUCGCACUGGCGUGGUUCCUUAUGUCGUGGAUCGACACGGUUCGCUCGUACACACCAGAUCGGGAUGAUCGGGAUGGUCGGAGAUUUAUCAAGAAUCACGAUGAAUACCCGAUUUAUGCAGAGGAAAUAAGACUGGCCAGCAGAGAUUCAGCGCCGAUGAAAAAGAGCAACGCCGAGCUGGUGAAUGGUCUUUUGGCGAUGAAACUGGCAAAGUUGUUGAAAGCUGGUUGA